AUGGUCAGUAUCCACGAAAGAGCCAAGAGCUCAUCAGAAUGGAAACUCAGGACUCCAAAGCAAGCAGGAAUAGUUGUUGGUAUUGACUUUGGAAAUACUUUCACAGGUGUAUCCUACUCUCACCAGAACGAUGGUGAGAUGAUUGACAUUGUGAAAUGGCCGAAGCAUUUGAGUGCAUAUGCCAAGGUCCCAACGGUCAGCUUAUACAAAACAACCGAGGGUAAAUCACUCCUGGAUUGGGGCUCCUCUGCUCUAUCAAGUUACAAACGCUCAAAGACCGAUAAAGUCCUCAUUCGGGACUAUAAAUUACAGCUUUUUGAUCAGGGUGCACGUGGACGUCUCGAGCAGGGCUUAUAUUUGACAGAUGUCUUUACACAGUAUAUUAGGAGUGUUCACCAACAUCUCGUUGAAGAAGUCAACAAAACUCAGGUUCUCUCUGCAGAAUCCAUUCCCAUGCAUUACUGCAUUACAGUCCCACAGGCAUGGACAUUGCCGACUCGAGAAUUAGUUUUAAGAUGCUAUGUGGAAGCAGGCGUGAUUUUACAAACACCAGCACCCAAUAUGACGGUCAUCACUGAGGCAGAAGCAGCAGCGACAUAUUGUCGAGAACACUGUAUCGAAUUUGAGUCUCUACGGGAUAGCGACAUCUUUAUGAUAUGUGAUGCUGGUGGUCUGACCACACAUGUUACUGCGUUCCGUGUAGAUGAUUCAUUAGGAGUACGCCAGUUUGUGCGUCUAUCAAGUUCACAUGCCGAAGAUUGUGGAUCCGUCAUGUUAGAUCGAAGGUUCAAGGAUUUGGUUCUCAGGCGCCUAACAGGAUUGGAUAUUGAUGCGAAGCCUCAGCGACAAAAGGCAUUCGAGACAUUGCUGGAAGGCUUUGAUGAGAUUAAAUCACAAUUUGAUGCAAAUGCCGUUGACGAGGUUAAACAUAUCUUGGUGCCUAUGGGAUUGGACGUCAGCGAGUUGAGCCCUGCACCGAGCUGGAUGGAGGACGAAUACAUGUCGCUGAGUGGGAAGGAAUUGUGCGAAGAGGUAUUUGAUCCAGUCAUCCAACGAAUUCAGAACUUGAUCUGGGAGCAGUCCAAAGUUCACCCUGUAUGCGCUGUCAUGUUCCUAGUAGGAGGACUUGGAUCCAACAAAUAUCUUUAUAACAAGUUGGUGCUGGCGGCGAUUGAAACAGAAGAAAAUCCAGGCGCACAUGUUGGCAAGGGUAUGAUCCAGAAGUUUGUUAUGGUUCAAAAGGCAGAGCUGGCGGUUGCAAGAGGUGCAGUAAUCUAUGGUCUCAAAAGCGCAGCACAACAAUCCAAGGCAUUCCUGUAA